AUGGCGUGGAAAUUGUUACCAUUUAUAUUACUAUCGGUGCUUGGUGUGGCCAAUGCAAGCACCCAGGCAAACGAGAAUGAUUUCGAGAACCACCCUAGCACCAAGAGAGUGCCGAUGAGAUCAUUUAGUUUGGCCUCGCCCUAUCUAGAUUCCGAUAUGUCAAAUCGGUGGUUUGAUUUUGGAGGAGACACCGUUAUCCGUGCGGAUCGAUACAUUCGAUUAACCGCCGACCGACCAUCCCAAAGUGGUUGGAUUUUCUCUCGCGUACCUCUCACGGCAACCAACUGGCAGAUCGAGGUUGACUUUGCCAUCAAUGGCGAGGGAACUCUCCACGGUGACGGCAUGGCCCUCUGGCUUACAGAAGGCCGCGCGAACCAGGGCCCAGUGUUUGGAUCUGCGGACAGAUUUAAGGGCCUAGGCAUAUUCAUCGAUACCUAUAAGAAUGGUCGGCAAGGAAUGACUUUUCCGCUGGUCAUGGCCAUGCUCGGUGAUGGCAAUACUCCAUACGACCAGGCCAGAGAUGGCCAAGCCAAUGAACUUGCAUCGUGCUCGGCUCGUGGAAUCCGCGGCUCCUCCUACCCAACGAAGCUCCGUCUUACUUACUUCCAGGAUAAGUACCUCGCUCUGGACCUACAGUACAAGUCAGACAUGGCCUGGACCUCAUGCUUCAAGAUUCAAUCCCGGCCUGAAUCCCCGCUUAAUCUCCCUGCCGCCUCCUAUCUUGGAUUUAGUGCCGAAACCGGCGAACUAAGUGAUACCCAUGAUAUCCUCGAAGUCGAUGUAUACUCCCUUUACACUAAACAAGGAAGUGACAGCACCGGUCCCGGUCAGAUGGCCCAGUCUGCUAACCAGAGAAACGCCCAGAGGGAGCAUUCAUACCAUGCAGCAACUAGCGGCGGCAGCUGGCUAUGGUUCUUCUUCAAGGUCAUAUUAUUCUUCGUGGUUGUUAUUGAAGGAUACGUUGGAUGGACUGCUUACCGCGCCGCUGUGAGCAGGCGGUUCUAA